AUGCCAUCCAACCUCAUCACCUUAUUCGUACCAGCGGGUCUACCUCAGCUCUGGAAAGACGGUCACAAGGCAUUCGCGAUCAAAGUCCUAUCUCGAACGCUUCAAUGCCUGCUCGCGAUAAUCGUCGUCAUCCUGUACACAGUCGACCUCGCUAAGUUCAGCUCUGGGAAUGCAACAGCACCAGCAGCCUGGAUCUACGCAGAGUUCGUAGCUACGCUCUCUCUCAUGACUUGCGCACUUCACUACUUCUACACCAUCGAGAGUACCCGGUGGAUCAUUGUGGAGUUUGUGCUUUGCAUCCUCUGGUCGGCUCAGGCGGGUUACUUUGGUAUCAUCUACCUUGGCGGCGACAAGAGCACUUUGCCUGUCGAAGUCGAAGCUAUCACGAACUACGAAGCCAUGAAAGCUGGUGCAGCCAUUGGGCUGGUCUGUGUCUUUCUAUGGCUCAUGACAUUCAUCCAAAGUCUUGUGCGGCGCUGCACGGUACAUCGAAAGAAGCGUGCUACUCGCAAGAGAAUCGACAGAACGAUUGAGACAGUCGAAGCGCAUCGAAAUGCGGAGAUGGAACUUUUCUCACAGAAUAUACAAGCUCCAGCGAGGACAAAGAGCACCAGCAAAGCGGACAAUUUGCCAACAUACAAGGAAGCUACUACGGAACAAGCGCUGGCAAAGCAGAGAGAGGCUCUCGGAAUUUACGACAAUGAGACAGUGGAAGGUGGACGUCAGGUCGUUUGA